CUGCUUCUGGGAGGAAGGGAGGCUUCCCUGUCGCUGACUGUGUGGUGCCUGCAUUCUCAGCCAUCACGAAUGUUUUCUUUUUGCAGAUGACACGAUUGGUGCUGCCCGGCAUGCUGGAAAGAUCAAAAGGGGUAAUCUUGAACAUCUCAUCAGCUGCUGGGAUGUAUCCAACUCCACUGCUCACUCUUUAUUCUGCAACCAAGGCUUUUGUGGAUUACUUCUCUCGAGGCCUCCAUGCAGAAUACAAGAGCAAGGGCAUCAUUGUGCAGAGUGUUCUCCCGUAUUACGUGGCAACAAAACUGUCCAAAAUCCGCAAGCCAACCUUCAGUAAGCCCAGUCCUGAAACAUUCGUGCGAGCUGCCAUAGGCACGGUAGGCCUGCAGUCCCAGACCAACGGGUGCCUGCCCCAUGCCAUCAUGGCCUGGAUCUUCUCUAUUCUACCUACACCUGCUGCCAAGAGUUUAGUCAUGAAAACAAACAAACAAAUACGGGCUCGUUUUUUGAAGAAGCUGAAGGAGAAGUAAAUAGUAGGCAGCUAGAUCUCGGAAGCCUGGAACUCCUGCAGGUUCCAUGCCUGCACCUCAGCACCGUGUAGACCUAAUGUUUUAAACAUCUGCAGUUGUAAGUGUGCUUUCUAAUAAGCAAAACGGUAUUGUUUAGAGAAUACAGACAAAUUCUUGACUUCUAAUACUGAUUUCAAAAUAGGCUUUAUUUGUUUAUAGGUUUAUUGAGUUGGGAAGCGUUCUGGACUAAAAUUACGCUGUGCUUUAAGAAAUACUUAAACGGAUUUGAUCAGACGCUGCACUGCUGAAGAACAGCUUGGUUAUAUAGCAUCCAUCAUAUCUGUGUCUUAUGACUGUGGGUGACGGGCAGAACAAUAGUAGUUCUCUGACAUAUUCAGAGGUAGGGAUGUGUGGGAAGGGAGUAUAUUUCUUUGAAAAGGAGACCUGGUUCUAUUCAGAGUGUAACUUUUCCCAGUUUGGGUUUAGGAUACUUGCAAGAAUUCAGCAUUGUCAUCCCGCUAGCGAGUGCUCCCCUGCCACAUGGCCCAGUCAAAGGAACUGGGAUGCCAUGGGCAGGGAGGAACAGACUGGGGCUAUGUCAAAGUCAUCUCUCUGUAAAACAAGAGUACCUCCACUUCACACUUCUGUGUUUGCACAGUCUGUGUAACUUAGAAAGGAUCACCACUUGGGAAAGAUGAUUACAAAAUGGUCCUUAACCUGAUGUUUUCAGAAGUCCGCUCAUGGAUUGGUACUGUCUUGAAAUGGAUUCUUGCACCAAAACCUGAGCGGUCACUGAUGUGAACUACAAGGGCUCAGUGUGACUUUUGAUUAUGAAUUUGAGGGAAAUGGGCCAAAAAAAACCCCAACAAACCCAAAUGAGUGUGAUUGCUCAUCUAUAAAGAUAUAUGUAAAAUAACAUUUCAAUAAGUAUUUAAAUUCUUGCUUCUUGAAUAUGAAGUCUACUCUUCAGUUGUAUGUAGCUUUGAUUUGCAAUGUUUUUGAAAGUUCAGUGCCUGCUGUCUGUAAUAGGGAUGAUAGCACGCUGUGGCUAAAUGUCCUGUGUUACUUGCUGGUUGCUCUGUAAGAGACUACUGGCACUUUAAAUGCAGAGCUCGAAAUGAGUUACUUUCCUUUAGCACUGAUGGGUACAUUCUUUCUGCAGUAUAUCAGUCCAUCUUUUGGUGACGCCAUUCAGUAUGUGAUUCCUGACUUAUUUGCAAAUGAGAACCAGUAAACUUCUUUAAACGUGGAAUUUUUCUGUUUUCAAUGUAAUUGAUUUGUUCUGUAGAAGUUAUCCAACUCUGAGAUGAGUCAGAGUACAUGAAAGGUCUGCACUGCUGUUGUCUGUUACCUGAUCUCUAAAGAUGUGGUCGUUAACAUUCCUUUCUGUAAGUGUGAAAUGCAUCAGAACUUCCAAGCCAAAUUAAAGGGCAAGUGGUACCAGUUUUUUCCGUGGUGAGUGGCUGCAGGUUGAUUUUGGUCCCUGAGGAACAGUUCCAAGCUCUGGUUUUGAAGUGUUGCACUGAGACGCGAUUUGGGGCUGACAUUCCUAUACAGUGAAAAAGACCCGAAUACCGAUGCAAUGGUGCUGAUCAGAUCUGAGCUGAAGAUCCUGUCCCAUAGUUCUCUUCGUUACUACUUUUUUGAAGCAGCGAUGGAGAGGCUGAUGGUACCAGUUCUGUAAGCCUGGAGGUGGCGUGGAAGCAUUGGACUAACCGAUCUGUGUGGGUUUUCACUUGGUCAAACAAAUAAAAUGGCACUCACUCUGAA